AUGGCCGAAGUCGCAGAAACCAAGGCCGCACCUCCUGCGAAGCCUGAACGUCCCGAUGAGGAUACAUACAAGAAGAACUUGGCUGCGGCCGAAAAGGAGCUGAAGGCUGCUGAAGAGCGCAUGAAGCAGAUCAAAGCCAAGAUCGGUAAUGCCCAACCACAGAACAAGGACUCACCAGUUGCGAAACGCCAGCAAGAACUCAAGACCGAACUCAAUGGAAUCCGCGACCAGCAGAAGAACAGCAAGUCAGGACGUGGCCAGGUCAUGGACAAGAUCAAGAAGCUUGAUGAGCAGCUCAAGACACGCAUCGCAGAGUCAAAGGCACAACGAUCGAAGGUUCAGUACAAGUCGGCGGACGAUGUCGAGGCUGAGAUCAAGAAGCUCCAGGCACAGGUUGACAGCGGCAAGCUGAAGAUUGUCGACGAGAAGAAGGCGCUGAACGACAUCUCCCAGCUGAACCGCCUGAAGAAGAGCUUCGCCAACUUUGACGAUGCGCAGAAGGGCAUUGACGCCACCAAGGCCGAAAUCGCUGAGCUAAAGAAGUCAAUGGACGACCCAGCCAGUAAGGCUCUGUCCGAACGCUACAGCCAGAUCCAGGCGGAGCUCGAUUCGAUACGGGCCGAGCAAGACGAUGCUUUCAAGAACUUGAACGCGCUGCGAGACGAACGAACCAAGGUGCACGAAGACCAGCAAAAGAAGUACGCCGCCGUCAAGGAGAUCAAGGACGCAUACUACCAACAACGACGCGCUGCUGUAGACUACGAGCGUGAAGCACGACGAAUCCGUGAGGAGAAGCGCAAGGCGGAGAACGAUGCCUACCACCGUGGACGGAGACAAGAGGCUGCCAAGUCGAAGCUCGAGGAGGCCAGUGCCCCAGCCUUCCAGGAUGAGAUCCGCAUUACCCAGUCCCUGAUUGCCCGCCUCGACCCAUCAUCUGUGACCAAGCAGGAGGCUUCCGGUCCGGGCAAGUUCGCUGCUACCGACUUCCGCACUGUGGACUCUUCCGGUAUCAAGGGCACUGCACUUAAAAGCAAGAAGGACGAUGACGACGAUGCAUACUUUAUUGGCGGUGGUGGUAAGAAGAAGAAGGGCGGCCGGGGCGCAAAGGCUACCGGUGCUGCCUCACCUACCCCAGAAGCAUCCAGCAAGUUCAACCUCGACCUCGGCACCAUUGAGGCUCUCGCACGCAUCAACGUCGACCCACCCAUGUCGCAGGCCGAUGUGCCUGCUGUUGUUGAGAAGCUGAAGGGCAAGCUCGAAACCUGGAAGAAGGACCAAGAUAAGCAGACAAAGGAAAACAUCGCGAAGGCGCAGGCAGAGAUUGAGCGUCUCGAGAAGGAGGCUGCCGAGGCUGACGCUGGUGGUCGCACCAACGGCACAGGCGCUGCUGCAAAGAGUGAGAAGCCAGUCAAUGGCGAAGCGCCAGUGGAAGACGCAACCCAGCAGCUUGGCGCGGCGUCUCUGGAGGAGAAGACCAUUGAGACUACCGCAUAA